CCUAUAAUCGACACUUCGCGACCGGCUCUACAAUUGUAAGAGAAAUGGAAAACGGAAAGUAUGUGUCGGAUAACUAUGUGAUUCACUGCCAACUAAACGCCGGCGCUUUAAUCAUAUUGACUGACAAACGGGUGAUCGCAGUCAAGAAGGGAAUGAUGUCUCAUAACUGGGAGUCCGAUUGGGCCGAGGAAUGGCAUAAUUGCGCCAAAGUUAACAUUUCUGGCGAUGGACUUAAGCUUAAGAUCACAACAAAGGUAUGAAUUGAUUUGCAUUUGGUUUUAUUUU